AUACAAAAUACAAACUCGUCGUCGCGACCGAGCAAGGCAAACAUCCAACAUCAAAUACGAACGCGGCUAGGCCUGCCAGUCGACAAGAACACGUUAGGCGGAGAGGAUCUACGAAAUACGAUCGGGACCGCGAGUUUCGUCUGUUACCGGCUGAAAACAAGUGAGAGAGUGCAAGUGUGUGGUGCCUAGGCCGGUAAAAGUGUGUGUGAUCGCAGCAAUAAUAAUUAAUAGUGGCCCCCAAAUGCUUACCGUGCGUGGAAUCGAAAUCCUCUUUGAUGUUCAUGUUUCGCAGCAAGAAGACAAACCUCACUAAACGCCUGGUGAAGGCCAGAAAACGAAGGGGCAAUGAAGCCAGGCGUACAGUUGAGGAAGAAGCGGAAAUUGGCGUCGUGAACCUCUUGAAAAGGCUCCAGGAGAACCAACUCGAGAUGCUCCUGCGAGCGAUUGAGACCAGAGGUCAGGAUUUGAGCCAUUGCGUUCUGUUGCCGCGGACACAAGGAGAUGAGCCACACGUGUUGUUCUGUCAAACGUGGAGAUGGCCAGAUUUGAGAAAGGGCAGCGAACUGAGAAGGUUGCCGAUGUGUAGGUCGGCAUGUGAUCUUGUCUAUGAUUGUUGCAAUCCUUACCAUUGGAGUAGAUUGUGUCAGCCUGAAAUACGGCCACCUCCCUAUCGUCGAAUAAAUAAUAUGGAACGAUUAAAACCUGAAGAUCGUGCUCCGAGAGAAGCCCCUCUAGUUUGUCGAGAUUCCUAUCCUGGUUCGCUCACAACGAACGGAGAUUCUGUGAAUCCCCUGGAAUGGUGUAGGCUAGCCUAUUGGGAGUUGUCCCAACGAGUCGGACCACUCUUUCCUGUAGAGCCUCCUGCCGUGAAUAUUUUUGGAAACGUAUCCCAUCCCGAUGGCCUUAGCUUAGAAACAUUAGCUCGACAUAGUUUUAGUCCUCCCAAGUCAACGGCGGUUGAAAAAACUAGGGAUAAAAUUGGUUUAGGAGUAACAUUAUCUCGGGAAGAUGAGUGCGUCUGGGUGUAUAAUCGCUCGGACAAUCCCAUCUUCGUGAAUUCCUUGACUCUGGAGGAUUCAGACUAUCUCUCACCUACUAAAGUACCUGCCGAGCACUGCCUUUGUGUUUACGACCCCGUGAAGGCGGCUCAACAAAAUUUUGGAUGGAACUUCACCCGUCCGCAUAUAGGGCCUAUCGAUACUAAUUCCAUAACGAUAAGUUUUGUCAAAGGAUGGGGCCCGAAUUACUGCAGACAGGAGAUUGCAUCCUGUCCGUGUUGGUUAGAAAUUUUACUGGCCCCAUGUAGGUGAUUAAUAACCAUCCUGGGGAAAUUCGGGAGGAGGAUGGACUUUUAUUUUUUGAAGGUGUACAAAAUAGACGUUUCUAUUGUGAUUUCAGAAAUUUACCUAUUAAGGCUGAUACAUCUGAAAUAAAAUGCUGCUUUAUGCGAGAUGUAUAUGGUGGUUAAAUUUUGCUGUUCCGUCCGGUUUUUGUAUACAGGUUAUCCCGAUGACAAAAAUCAACGUCUGUUACACAUUUUUAUCAAUAAGCAGCUCAAUAUUUACUAAUAUAAAGAACAAAUAAGGAUGAGAUAGGAAUUAUAUAAUUUUCUAUACAGGGUGGUUCUAGACCUGAAAAUAUGAUGAUUCUUCCCAACAUGAGGUCAGAAUAUUUUGAGGUCUAGAAUCCAUAAAUCAGAGAAUGGACAUUCUUAAUGAAUCACCCUGUAUAAAUUUCAUAGUUACAUACUAACAAAAUACGGGAUCUUUUUCUCUCGCAUUUACGUGUUAAACUAUAUUUUAAUAUUUUUUUUCUUUGUGUCGUCUUAGACGUUUAUUACUGUCAUAAGGAUAAUGCCUACCAAUGUAAAGAGUAACUAUAAGGCUUCUUCAGAGGCUUGUUUAGUCCCACAGGUUUUGAACACUGUGAUUGAAAUCCAAGCAUUCCUAAGACACACUAAAUAAAACACUGUAUGUUCCGUUACAAGCAUAUUCUCCUGGAAUACUUGGGUUUCCAAAAUAAUUCAGAAUAAGAUUGUAAGGAGCUUAUAUCCACCAAAAAUUUUUUUCAUUGACAGAAAGUUUAAAAAAGUUAGACUAAAUGGUUUCAGAUUGAUUGUCAGUUCUGUAUCAAGUAUGUCACUGGGGUUCACAAAGCUUUUUCUUAUUGCAACUAAUAUACAGUACCUAUACAGUAUUAAAAAUGUUUUUUCGGAACAUAGGAACUUUCAAUGUAAUAAGUUAGAUUCUUGAUUUUCAAUUAACCAGUGUAAGUUUCAAGAUAACGUCGCCAUGUUUCAUAUUUAAUUCAUUUGUUCGACUGCACUGAACUGAGGUGCCCCAUCGGAUUGCAUCGUUAGUGCGAUAGCCAGUGGUAAAGGGAUUACAGUCGAACAAAUGAAUUAAUUUUAAAACAUCGCGACGUUAUAUUGAAAUUUACAAUGGUUAAUUGCAAAUCAGGUAUCUCAGUUCGGUGCAAUCGAACAAAUGAAUUAAAUAUGAAAUAUCGCGACGUUGUCUUGAAAUUUUCACUGGUUACUUGCAAAUCAAGAAUCUACUUUAUUGCAUUGAAAGUUCCUAUGUUCCGAAAAAUGAUUUCCAAUUUUGUAUAGCUCGGGCAUCAUUUUAAAAAGAGAACAAUUACAUACAAUUAUCAAAAGUGUUGGUUAUUUGCAUAGUAUCGAAUCGGAAUGUCUACUUACAUGCACACUCUUUGCCAAAAACUUUACCGAAAAAAAUCCUUAUUAAGGGGGCGGUAUGGUUUGAAAUCAACAUUUCAAGCACAUUUGUUUCAUUUUUUUGAGUUACGAUGUCCAACGCCUUUGAAAAAAGCAGUUUUGAGAAAAGCUCAUUUAACAAUUUUGACAACUUUAUUUUUAAUUUCCUUUUUGUCUCUCAAAUCGUAAAGUGAUGCACACCGGAAUAUGUUUUUGCAUCGCGGAGUAAUUUACAAAGGAUAAGGGGAACAGUUGUUGAACGUUUCUAACUACGCUCAACGCGCUGGCGCGAAGCUGCUGCAUAACGAGUCGAAGGUAGGGAUAUUCAACAUGCUGUAAUACCGGUAAUUUUGCUCUGAUCAAUCUGAAAUUUUCAGAGAGGGUUUUUGAAGAUAUGUACUUUCAUUUAAAAUAAUAAAAAAUUGAAAAUUUCAAAAUUUUCAAGCCAUACCCCCUCUCUUAAACCGAACAACAAACACAAAACAAGUAGUUCUUACAGCAAAAACAUAUAUACCGUGUAUUUGGCGGCAAAGCUAGACAAUAACUCUUAGAAAUUGACUAAUAAAGAUAUAAAACCCAGUGACAUUACAUGAUAGAGAAAGUAUCACUUUUAAAAAGUGAUGGUCUAAUUUGUUGUUAUAAAACUGACUCUUCGGACUUAGAAAAGAAUCUUAUCAUGUUUUCAGUACUCGCCUUAUACAUUUUCUAACGAUUUUAGUAAUAUAAACUGUAAGUCUAAAAUUUCAAACAUACUGGUAUAAAUUGGCAUGUCAAUUUCGUGAAUAUUGGAUCUAUUUUGGGUUUCAAACAUCUUCUGAAAAAUUCUGCUUCAGAAAGUUUAUUUUACAAUAUACAGCAUUAUCGUGAUAAACAUUUUUACAAAUACUCGUAUUUACAAUGUUGAAAUGUUUCUGUAUGGCAUAGCCAUACAUUGGUAAAACUGGUAGUUCACUACAAUAUCAUCUGACAUGACCAAAUAGUAAAGUAUUUUACUGCCACGUGGAGAUAGAUUCAAUACUGGUGAAAACAUCCAGAUAUUUUUAAAUUUAUUAUCCAGAGGCCCCUUAUCGACUCACAGUCAAAGUCUCACCAAAAUAACGUGGUUCAUGCACUUUAAAAAACAAAGGAAGGCAAAACAGUUGGACCAGGUAAUAUUCCUGGAGAAGUGUGGACAGCAUUACUAGAGACAGGAACAAGUUGGCUAACAGGUCUAUUUCAUAGAAUUAUGGAAGUGGAACAAAUGCCAGUCGAAUGAAGAAGCAGUAUGUUAGUACCUGUUUACAAAACAAGGGAGAUAUUUAACAACGUACGAACAACAGGGCCAUAAAACUUUUUAAAAACCGAAACAUCCAAUAAUUAGUUUGACUUUAUGCAAGGCAGAUCAACAAUAGACGCAAUUUUCAUUAUAAGACAGCUGAUGGAAAAAUAUAGGAAUGAGAAAACAAACGCUCAUAUAAUUCCAAUGAAACUGUAGGGACAAUUCUAUAAAAACAGCCAUUAGACCAGCUAUAAUGUACAGAACCCAAUGUUGGGCAAUUAAAAAGGAAGAGGAACAAUUAAUGCAUUUGACAGAAUGCUGACAAAAAUAAUAACGAGUAGGUAUAUUAGGGGAAGUCUAGGGGAGGCACGAAUUGAUGGAAAAAUGAGAAAGCAGAUGUUAAGAUCGUUUGGUCAUGUUCAACGACGAGACGUUGAUCACCCAAUACGAAGAAUUGCUGAUCUACUGGUUCCUGGAAGGAUAAGGGGAAGAUAAAAAAACCUAGGGGGAGAUGUUUGAGCAUGACAUGUCGCUAAAGAGAAUUGAUAUUAUUAGUAUCAACCACAAGCGUAAGAUAGAAACCCCAGAAAAAAGCCGACACCCGCUUAGGGAUAAAUGCAAAAGAAUGAUGAUAGCUGGACGCGAUAUUUUUCUCUUUUUAUAUGCAAAAAAAAACAUAAGGGGGAUACCAAAAAUGAAUAACCAUUUUCAAUUUCGUUGCAACACGAAACUACAGCCGCAUCAUUAUUCCAGUUCAAUCAGAGAGUGCAGCAAGCACCUCUAUACCGGUUUCGAAACUUAUUAGUCUCUCAUCAGGAGGCACAUAUGCUGCUCUCUCUGACCCAACUAGGACAAACCCCGGCGUGCAGUCACGGAUUGCAACGAACGAAAUGGCAGGGAUGCCCUAGUGGCAACUGCUAUAAAAAAAACUAAGUUCUCAAUCUAAUAGCACAUAAAACAACAUCCAAAAAUGUUAUUCUACAUCCUACCAGACUGAAAACACUGGGAACCUUCUCUAAUAACACCUCCGAGGCUUCUACAAUUUGCAAGCUAUAACGGAUGCCGAGACUAAGGAAGAUGAGGGAAUUUUACAAUUUAUAAUUCACGUCCCAUCUGCUCAGCGCGGUUAAGUUCCAAGGAGGAUACUUUUCCAAUAAGGGGGAUACUUUUCUUUGCGUAUUUAGGAGGGGGAUAUACCCUACUUCAGCGUAUCAUGGGAUGCUUGAUAUAGGGGGAGAUGCUUGAGCAUGACAUGCCGCUAAAGAUAAUUGAUAUUAUUAGUAUCAACCACAAGCGUAAGAUAGAAACCCCAGAAAAAAGCAGACACCCGCUUAGGGAUAAAGGCAAAAUGAAUGAUGAUAACUGGACGCGUUAUUUUUCUCUUUUUAUAUGCAAAAAAACAUGAGGGGGACACUUUUUUUGCAUAUUUAGGAGAGGGAUAUACCCUACUUCAGCUUAUCAUGCAGGGUAAGACAGAGAGACAGAGACGGAAAAGAAGGCAAAAAAUCUCAUCAUUAUGAAAUCUCCGUGAUAGAUUGGGUUGCACCUAUAUCGAGCUGUUCAUGGUGGCAGCAUUAAAGAUAAGAAUAGGUGUAUGUAGUUGUUAACGUACGGCUGUAGAUGGCGCCAUAAGAAUAAGAAGCAGGGUAAUGAGCUGUAAACGUUCAGAGGUACAAUAAGCUUGUUUCCUUGUAAAGCGUAAGUCCUAGAAAUAGUGAAAAAUCUACAUACAAAAUUUUUAGCAGCCAAAUGAUUGCUGUACGGUGGGGUUCUGCAAUCAAACUACGAGAGUCAUCAUAAUUUAGCUCAGCGGGGUACUACUGGAAAUGUGUACUUAAAUAAACAAGGGAUCAUUCCAUAAAACAGGUAAGUCCCUUGUUUAUAAAAUUUCACACCUUGAAGAAUAGCACGGACAUGUCAUACAGAAAAAAUCUAUCAUUCAAAUUUAACAUUUAAGCACUUAAUCAUCCAAUAUUCUAUGAAAAUGUCGAGUCAAUAGGAGGAGGUAAAUGCCUUACUUACAUCUUGAUCGUAUGAGAUGUAAUUUUUAAAGGUGAACAUUUUCAAAAAUAAUUGUUAAUUUGGUGCUUCAAGACAUUUUGAAGAAUGUCUACUUAGUCAGGGACCAUAACAUUCAAUUUUUACAUUUACCGACAAAGCAUUUUUAAUUUUAUCUAUUUUUUCAUGAAGGAAAACAUCUAGGCCUGGGUCCCGCGUAUCAAAAAAAGUUUAUUAAUAGCAAGCUGAAAAUUUGUUAAUAGCUUAACGGUGUCUAGUCGGACAAACUUUGAUAUAUGGGAACACUGGAACAGGGGAAGUUUUAAUUGUGGAACAUGAUUUUAAUUGUGGAACGCGUCAUCCUGACAAGUUUAUGAUUGUGAAAACUAGCAAGUUGUUUUAAGUGUAUUCAAUAGCAAACUUUAUAUAAUAUAUGAAAAAAUGUUUGUCCGACAAAUAUGUUGGGCAUUUAGAACAUGUCAAAUGACAGGAAUUGACAGAAAAAUGAUACCAAAUCAAUUGGAAGUUCUGUCCGACAAAAUACAUGGGACGAAAACGUCUGACGUUCGAAACCUGUAACCUGUUCCACAAUUAAAACUUCCCCUGUUCCAGUAUUCCCGUACAUCAAAGUUUGUCCGACUACACACCGUUAAGCUAUUAACAAAUUUUCAGCGUGCUAUUAAUACACUUUUUUUGGUACGUGGGAUCCAGGUCUAAUCAUCAUCGCGUUUAUUAGGAGAUUUAAGAACUUACUGCUGAAGCUAAAUUGUUAAUUAGAAAAGAAAUGGUUUGGAAAUUGGUACAGUAGUAAAAAAAUCAGAAUUUAAAAGCACAGUUAGUGCUAUUUAGUUUUGGGAAGACGCCCAAAAACUAUCUUCUAAUAUUCUAAUACGUAACCGAUAUAGAGUGAUUUUCGAGUAGCAUUUGCUUAACUUCUGAAUUACUUCUUCGGAACUAACUGUCUUUUGUAAAAAUAUAAAUCUUACUACAACGAAUCCUUGAUUUUAAAUACUAUUGUAGCAAUUUGGCAACCAUGUUUAAACAAAAGAAUAUAUUCGAUGAAUAUAUAACGGUAAAAAUCGCGAAAUUUGUUAUAUUCUAUGUGUUAACUAGUCAUUUGAGCCUUAUAGGCUAAGUACAGCCAUAUUUAUAAAGUAUAUAGCACUGUAAAUAUUACUUAACCACCUAGUCAUAUCUUUGUUCAAAACAAUAAGGAGUAUCUGUAUAAUAAUAUCUAGUAACAAGUUCAGGACAAUAAUUUGACAUAAUAACUGGGUACUUUUAACCCAAAGUAGGUUUGCCCGUGAUACGUAUUUAGUUCUGCGCGUUUGAGUAGGUUGGUAUCAAUGCUUAAAAAAAUGUUCAAACCAUAGAGUUAUAUAAUAACAUAAACAGAGUGGUAUCACAGACAUAUACUAUCAUAGACAGAGUGUCAUUAAGAGCGAAGUGACGACACCAUCUUUUUUAUUUGGCUCAGCGCUGUUUCAUUCUUACGCAUAGUAAAACUGCGACAGUAGUCCUCCCCUUCCGUGCCUAUACUCGCUCUUAAUGUCAUCUUAGUUUCUCGAUACAAUGUGCUAGAAGGUGCAAUGUGCAUCAAAUCAGUCCAAGAGAUCUUGUCGUCAGGAAGCGCGGAGGGUAGACUCACUCUAUGUUAAUAUAUACCUCUAUGACUGCAUGAGUGGUAUGUUGAUGUUGAGCGAAGUGACGACACCAUCUUUUUUUUUAAUCAGCUGCUUUACUCAUACACAUAGUAAAGCUGCGACAGUAUCAUUUAUUUAAUUUUUAAGUGAGGAGAAGUAUGAAGGCUGUUAGUUUCUAGACACAAUGUGCUAGAAAGAGAUAGCACCAAACCAGUCCAAGAGAUCUUGUCCUCAGGAAUAUAUAGGUCUAUGGUUCAAACGCUAAAAUGUUCAAAUGAAAAAUGGGAAAAUGAUUUUGUCUGUCAUAUGUCAUACACGAGAUAUACACAUUUCAUAUGUCGUACGUCAUAUGUCAUAAUAUAGAAUUGUUAGACAAUUUAUGUUCAGGUUUAGAACAUAGUCAUAAUAUAAUACCUAGACCGCGCGCUGCAAUCUAAAACUGUGUGACCAGUGCGAUAGAGGAAAAUGUUUGUAUUUGGGGUAGACAUCUCUUUCUAAUCGCGAAGUUUAUCUAAUGACGUUAGGUUUAUCGACCACGUGACUUUUCCACUACCACCGGUUUGAUAAAUCCCGCUGAUUAGGAAGAUAUGUCUACCCCAAUACAGACAUUUUUCUCUGUCACACAGUCUUAGAUUGCAGCGCGCAGUCUAGAUAUAGGGCUUUUCAUUCACAGUCAUUUAUUUCGAGCUUCUGUCAUAUGUCAUAUAAUCCGUGUAUAUUAAUAUUAUAUACAGAUUAUACAACAUAUGACUGAAGCUCGAAACAAACGACAAUCGAUGAAAAGCCCAUAUUGUAUGUCUAUGGUUUAGAAUCACGACAAACCUAACCUCAAACAAUACGUGACAUCAAACUAACAUACAACCAUAGACAAUAUAUAUUUAUCAUAGACUGAGCCUACCCUCCGCGCUUCCUUGCGACAAGUUCUCUUGGACAGGUUUGCGGUAUCUCUUUCUAGCACAUUGUAUCAAGAAACUAACAUGAAAUUGAGUGGAGGCAUGAUACUAUAAAUAACGAGAUAAUUUCUUUCCGUAGCUCAAAUACGUCCGAGUUCGCGCAUGAUGACGUAACUGGAGACCGGAAGUUGAAUUUGAAUUCUUGUUAAAAUUAAAUGGGAUUUGUAUGCAUUCUGUGAUGAAAUUAUUCAAUUAGCAACAUAACACUAAACUUCAAUGUUUUCGAAAAAAUGUAGUGUCGAGAUUCCUGUCAAAAUAACCGACAUAAAUAAAAUAUAAAAUACACUUAGCUUACAACCGCGAACAAUUCAAACUAAUCGGACAUUACGAAUGAUUACGAACCAUUACGAACUUGCCGGUCUCCAGUUACGUCACGACUUCAGGAUGUGCAAUAUAAUUAUCUUGUUAUUUAUAGUAUCAUGAGUGGAGGUAUAGGCACGGAAAGAGAGGACUAUUGUCGCAGCUUUACUAUGCGUAAGAGUGAAACAGCACUGAGCCACAAAAAAAGAUGGUGUCAUCACUUCGCUCCUAAUGACACUCUGUCUAUGAUAACAUAUAUUAUGUCUAUGCAUACAACGUAGAUAUUAUGUAAAAUAUAUAAAAAAUGAGGACCUCCUUGGUUGGUUAUGAAAUCUCUACAGUGUUAUAUACGCCGAGUAUUUGUUCUACAGUGUAUAGAGUGCCUUUAAAUAACUAAAUGCAAUGUAAAAAUCCAGAUAUAUACUGUACUAUAAUUGUAAAAAUUGUAAUUAUCUUGUCUAUUUAUUAAUCCAACUGAUUAUAAAAAUUUUGUAUAGUAUCUUAAUAAAUUUAAUAAAAUUUUUGAGGUAUGCUUUGUGUAUGUUUGGUUAACUGUUUUUUUUUUCUUUUUUGUAUAUCAACAAUUUAUUAAAAAGUCUCCCGGUUUUUCAAAUGUUGGUGUAGACCAGUAUUAAAGCUUAGAUGUUAUUUAUAAUAAGUCUUCCAUAUAUUUUUACAUCCAGUUGUUGAUCUGUACAAUGUUAUCUGUAUUAAUGAAACAUAAAACAAGCAUGUAUUAGUUACUAAUGUAUUUCCCUUUAGAGUAAAUUUCUUCAAAUUCUUCUUCAUCAAUCAAAAGGGUACCCCUGUUAAGAUAGGCAAAAUGCCCUCAUUCCCAGACUUCAAUUUUUUUACGUUCUAUGUUGUUAAAAAAAUAAGACAGUGCAAAUUUUAGCCUACCACCCCCAUCCCCAUAUCUCAAAAAACGUUAUAUUUUCAUUUUUAUUUAUUUAAUUUUAUGGAUUGCAAUCAAUUUGAAAAUUUCAAAAAAUCCACAUGCAUAGUUGAGGCGUUUAGAACUGUUUCAAUCUGCUCUUUUAAAUAAUAUGUAACUAUUUGCUCUAUAUUUUGUUUAUUUAUUUUUCCAUUUUAAUUUUAUGCAGUAAGAAUUACCCUAGGUACUGUAAAAACAUGGUCUGCACAUAUUUAGUAAAAUUCGGGAGAUUUUUUAUAAAAAAAACUAAUUUAUUUUAUUGAAGAGACCUUAUAUAAUCUUGUUAAUACUCAAUUUUAGACUUGUUAAAUUGUUUAAAGAUAGACAAUCAGAAUCAGAAAUAUUCAAGAGUGUAAAUAGUGUACAGAAAAGAUCUACAGCACCAAAAGGGGUAUUAUCAUAUCCUUAAAAUAUAAAUAAAGAAAAUAAUUUAUA